AUGGGUGCAUUUCAGGUGCAUGACUCUGAUCACCUACCGACAAGUGCCACUUGUAUGAAUCUUUUCAAACUGCCCAUCUACAGUUCGCGUGCAAAACUUGAAGAAAAGUUGAGAUACGCUAUAAACGCAGGCGCCGGUUUCGAGUUGUCCUGA